AUGGAAUCAUUACAACGUUCUGUUUAUCGUCACAUUGGUGACUUAUCUUAUAAAAGAAAAGCAAAAAAGCUUGUCUCUGAGACAUCUUCAAAAAAUUCACCUCCUUAUUUGUCAAAUAAUAAUUUAGGAUUAAAUUAUCAGAUGAAUCCUUGUUACUUAUAUGAUCCAAACCAGAAUUUAACUGACAAAAUAAAUUAUAAUUUUAAUAAUAUCAAUAUAAAUAAUCAAAAAUUUGAAACAAAAGAGGAAGACAAUGAUUAUAUUAAAAGUGACAAUAAUACUCAUAAUUCAAGUAACAAUAAGAUAAAUAAUGUAUCUUCUUCAAAAAGAUUAACAUCAUUCAUUUCUAAACCGGCUGUACAAUCAAAGAAAGUUUCUAAUUCUAUAACUAAAAUAUUUGGUUUAAAAAAACAUGAUAAAAUGGUUAAUGAAAUUGACAAUAUUAACUCUUUUUCAAAUAUUGCUGAAGAUGAAAACAUAAAUAAUAUAUCAUCUAAAAUUAAUGAUAAAAAUAAUAAUGAUCAAAUUGUUUUGUCUUCUAUAAAUAUAGAAGAUGAUUGUCAGGAGAAGGAAAAAGUUUUAACUAAAUUUCAAAAACUUAAAAAAGGUUUAAAUGUUGUUGAUCCCAGGAAGGUCAAACCAAAUGCAAAAAAGAACGAGUAUAAAGAAUGUUUAAUUUUAAGUGAUGAAGAAUAA